UUUUAUUAUAUAGGAUAGAUUCUCAGCCAAAGGAAAAUACUGAAUAAGAAUUCUUUACAAAAAUAGAGGACAGAAUACCUUAUUUUCCAAGGAGGAAUCUUGAAAAUUUUGUUGAAGAGGUGAUAUUUAAACUGGGUUUGAAGAAAGUCUCAGUUUGUUUGGAGUGCUAUAAAAAAAAAUACCGUAGAUGGAAGGCUUAUAAAGAACACAAAGUUAUUUCUCAUAGUUCUGCAGGCUAAGAAAUCCAAGGUCAAGAUUCAGCAUCUAGUAAGGACUCACUUCUGGUUCAUAGAUGGCCGUCUUCUCACUAUUACCUCACUUGGUGGUAGGAACAAGGAAGCUCUCUGUGAUCUCUUUUAUAAGAGCAGAGCUCCCCUGAUUUAAUCACCUCCCCAAAGUGCCAUCUCCAAAUACUAUCACAGGUGGUGAAGAGCCUUGCAUGCCAGUGCAGGAAACUUUCUUUUAUUUUCUAGGCACCUGUGGGCAGCUGGGUGCUAAUGGAGAUUUCUGAACAAGUAAGAAAUGGGAUCAGAUUUCUUUUUUUGGUUUAGUUUAUUUAGUUUUAAAGGAAGAUUACUCUGGCAUUUUGGAAGAGGCACACAAGUGGGAUAGAAUGGGAAUGUGGGGGCAGGGAUGACAGUUAAAAGAGUAUAGCAGAGAGAAAUCUAAGCAACAUACAGCUAGGACCUCAACUAAGGCAGUGGUUGCCUAGGAAAGACUUGGGGGCAAUUUUUUGAGGUAGAAUCAUUUGGAAUGGUGACCAACGGGUUGGGAAGAUGAAACACAGUUUCUGAGAUUAGGAAUAUUAGAGAAGAAACAAAUUUGAAGCUGAACACUGAGUUCUGUGUAGAUAUGAUAAAUGUAAGUGCCUUUAGGACACCAACGUUGAAGAGUCAGACGGGGAGACAGAAACACUUAUCUGAAGCUUGAAGAGAAGUCUGAGCUGCUGUUUAUGAUGGUGCCUGUUUGUUGUAGUUGGCCCCCUACAUGUAUUAGCUCUUAUCUGCAUCAUAAUCCUGCAAGUAAACACUAUUUGUAUUUUUUGUUGUUGUUGAGAAAACCAAGGUACAUGGAUAGUUUAAGAAGCUUAUUCAGGGUCACAGCUAGCAACCGAUGGUGACAGAAUCAACAUUUAGAUCUGUCAUAUAGGAAUAUAUAGUCAAAGAAAUUUCAGCAAAAUUAAGAAUAAAAGAUAAUUGUUCAUGCUACAUUACCACUUAUUUAGAAUUUUAGGCAUAUCAGUGGAUUAAGAAAUACUAGUGCUUUGGACAAAAAAGAAGUUUUAAUUGGUAAUCAGUCCUUUCUUCCCAAAUCUAAGUUUUUUAUUUGUUUGUUUUUAUGAGAACGUUUUACCUCCAUUCUGGAGUGGUGCUUUUUGGGGCUGUGCCAUUCUACUAAUUUUAGGAGAAAUUGGAAUAAGUAUGCUUAUUCUAGAACCUGAGAUUUAAAGAAACCUUGUCUUGAAUUCUCAUCCCAUUCUGAACACAUGAAUGACUGCUGGUUUUAGGCAGGAGAUCAUAAGAUAUACACCUUAUUCUGAGUGACUUGUCUUACUUGCGCAUGGUUUGCCCAUUUAAAAAAUGAAGAUGAUAAUACUUGCCUCAUGGGGUUUGGCACAACUCCUGAUACAUAGGAGCUAAGUACUCAGUAGAUACAUUAAUUCUCCUAUUGCCACUCACUCCUUUUUCUCUCACCUGAAUAUAUCAAAUCCUCUUUACCAUCGCUUUCCUUCCUGUUGUUGAAACUGAAGGUCCAAUUCAGCUAUGUUUUGUUCCUGGCAUUAAUGAUUUGUAAGUGCCAAACCUUCCAUCUAAAUGAAAGGUUAAAUUUUAUAUGUAAGAUAUCACCUUUGAAUUAUAAGACAACUUCUCAUGAAAACAUUGUUUCCAUAAUAAAUGAAUAGCCACCAAGGAUUAUGAAAGGGACUACAAGAAGUAUCAGCCUUCAUAGACAAGAAGAAUGAUGAAAAUGGAAACUGCUCAGGGGAAGGAAUUGAAUUCCCUACAACAAACUUAUAUGAACUGGAAAGCCGUGUUUUGACUGAUCAUUGGUCCAUCCCUUACAAGAGAGAAGAAUCACUAGGAAAAUGCUUGUUGGCGUCUACCUACCUUGCAAGACUUGGUCUUUCCGAGUCUGAUGAGAAUUGUAAAAGAUUUAUGGAUAGGUGUAUGCCUGAAGCAUUUAAAAAGCUCCUAACAUCAAGUGCUGUUCACAAGUGGGGUACUGAAAUUCAUGAAGGGAUCUACAACAUGUUGAUGCUCUUAAUAGAACUGGUUGCAGAGAGAAUAAAACAAGAUCCAAUUCCCAUUGGUCUCCUGGGUGUGCUUACAAUGGCUUUCAAUCCUGAUAAUGAAUACCAUUUUAAAAACAGAAUGAAAGUGUCUCAAAGGAAUUGGGCAGAAGUGUUCGGAGAGGGAAAUAUGUUUGCUAUCUCACCUGUAUCUACUUUCCAAAAGGAACCUCAUGGAUGGGUUGUGGAUUUGGUAAACAAGUUUGGAGAAUUGGGUGGAUUUGCAGCAAUUCAAGCUAAGCUCCGUUCAGAAGAUAUAGAACUUGGGGCAGUCUCAGCAUUGGUGCAGCCCUUAGGGGUGUGUGCAGAGUACCUCAAUUCCUCAGUGGUUCAGCCUAUGCUAGACCCGGUCAUCCUUACUACAAUCCAGGAUGUGCGGAGUGUGGAGGAAAAGGACCUCAAAGACAAGAGAUUGGUUAGUAUCCCCGAGCUCUUGUCUGCCAUCAAGUUACUUUGCAUGCGCUUCCAACCAGAACUGGUGACUGUAGUGGACGACCUUCGAUUAGACAUCCUACUGCGCAUGCUGAAAUCACCCCACUUUAGCGCUAAAAUGAAUUCCCUCAAAGAAGUAACCAAACUAAUAGAAGAUAGCACUUUAUCCAAAUCUGUGAAGAAUGCUAUAGAUACAGACAGAUUGUUAGAUUGGCUAGUUGAAAACUCAGUUCUUUCAAUUGCACUGGAAGGCAACAUAGACCAAGCACAGUACUGUGAUCGUAUAAAGGGAAUUAUUGAACUCUUGGGCAGUAAAUUAUCUUUAGAUGAACUCACUAAAAUUUGGAAGAUACAGUCAGGACAAUCAUCUACUGUGAUCGAGAAUAUUCAUACUAUUAUUGCUGCAGCAGCUGUCAAGUUUAAUUCAGAUCAGCUCAACCAUUUGUUUGUUCUCAUUCAGAAGAGCUGGGAGACUGAGAGCGAUCGAGUAAGACAGAAGCUAUUGAGCCUGAUUGGACGGAUAGGCCGGGAAGCACGCUUUGAGACCACUUCUGGAAAGGUGUUAGAUGUACUCUGGGAACUGGCUCAUCUUCCAACACUGCCCAGCAGCCUCAUUCAGCAAGCUUUGGAUGAACACCUGACAAUCCUUAGUGACGCAUAUGCAGUGAAAGAAGCGAUCAAGAGGAGCUACAUCAUCAAGUGCAUAGAAGAUAUUAAAAGGCCUGGAGAAUGGUCAGGUUUGGAAAAAAAGAAGGAUGGAUUCAAGUCAUCUCAGCUUAACAAUCCCCAGUUUGUAUGGGUGGUACCAGCUUUGCGUCAGCUCCAUGAAAUCACCCGUUCAUUCAUAAAACAAACCUAUCAAAAGCAAGACAAGAGCAUUAUUCAAGACUUGAAGAAAAAUUUUGAAAUAGUGAAAUUGGUAACGGGAAGUUUGAUAGCUUGUCAUCGGCUUGCAGCAGCCAUGGCUGGACCUGGAGGCUUGACUGGUUCAACACUAGUGGAUGGCCGAUACACUUACCGGGAGUAUUUAGAAGCCCAUCUAAAAUUUCUGGCAUUUUUCUUGCAAGAAGCUACUCUGUAUUUGGGUUGGAAUCGUGCCAAGGAAAUCUGGGAGUGUCUUGUGACUGGCCAGGAUGUUUGUGAAUUAGAUAGAGAGAUGUGUUUUGAAUGGUUUACAAAAGGGCAACAUGACCUUGAGAGUGAUGUUCAGCAGCAGCUUUUCAAGGAGAAGAUUCUUAAAUUGGAAUCAUAUGAAAUCACUAUGAAUGGUUUUAACUUAUUUAAGACUUUUUUUGAAAAUGUGAAUCUCUGUGAUCAUCGAUUGAAAAGACAAGGAGCUCAGUUGUAUGUAGAAAAGCUGGAAUUGAUAGGAAUGGAUUUCAUUUGGAAAAUAGCCAUGGAAUCACCUGAUGAAGAAAUUGCAAAUGAAGCUAUUCAGUUAAUCAUAAACUAUAGUUACAUUAAUCUAAAUCCUAGGUUAAAGAAGGAUUCUGUAUCAUUGCAUAAGAAAUUCAUUGCUGAUUGCUAUACAAGAUUAGAAGCAGCCAGUUCAGCACUUGGCGGCCCCACUCUAACACAUGCUGUGACCAGAGCAACAAAAAUGCUUACAGCAACUGCCAUGCCAACUGUAGCAACAUCAGUUCAGUCUCCAUAUAGAUCCACUAAACUUGUAAUCAUUGAGAGGUUGCUGCUUCUGGCAGAACGUUAUGUGAUCACUAUAGAGGAUUUUUACUCUGUUCUACGAACUAUUCUACCUCAUGGUGCCUCAUUUCAUGGACAUCUUCUAACGCUUAAUGUUACUUAUGAGUCUACCAAAGAUACCUUUACUGUAGAGGCUCACAGUAAUGAAACCAUAGGGAGUGUCCGGUGGAAGAUAGCCAAGCAGUUGUGCUGUCCUGUGGAUAAUAUACAGAUAUUUACAAAUGAUAGUCUGCUGACAGUAAAUAAAGAUCAAAAGUUACUCCACCAGCUGGGCUUUUCUGAUGAACAGAUGCUUACGGUGAAGACUUCUGGCAGCGGAACCCCAUCCGGGAGCUCUGCAGAUUCCUCCACCAGCUCCAGCAGCAGCAGCAGUGGAGUUUUUAGUUCAUCAUAUGCCAUGGAGCAGGAGAAAUCCCUUCCUGGUGUUGUGAUGGCACUUGUGUGUAAUGUAUUUGACAUGCUUUACCAGCUUGCCAAUCUAGAGGAGCCAAGGAUAACUCUACGAGUACGAAAGCUUCUGCUCUUAAUACCCACUGAUCCAGCCAUUCAGGAAGCCCUUGACCAACUGGAUUCUUUAGGAAGAAAGAAAACAUUGCUGUCUGAAACAAGCUCUCAGUCUUCAAAAUCUCCAUCCCUCUCUUCAAAGCAGCAGCACCAGCCAAGCGCCAGCUCAAUUCUAGAGAGUCUCUUUCGAUCUUUUGCUCCAGGAAUGUCCACCUUUCGAGUGCUUUACAACUUAGAAGUUCUAAGCUCCAAACUUAUGCCAACAGCUGAUGAUGACAUGGCAAGAAACUGUGCAAAAUCCUUCUGUGAGAACUUCCUCAAAGCAGGUGGUUUGAGUUUGGUUGUAAAUGUCAUGCAGAGGGACUCCAUCCCAUCAGAAGUCGACUAUGAAACAAGGCAGGGAGUUUAUUCUAUCUGUCUGCAACUCGCAAGAUUUUUACUUGUUGGACAAACAAUGCCCACGUUAUUAGAUGAAGACAUUGCCAAAGAUGGUAUAGAGGCACUUUCUUCUCGCCCAUUCCGAAACGUUAGCCGGCAGACCAGCAGGCAGAUGUCCCUAUGUGGUACCCCAGAAAAGUCGUCCUACCGACAGUUGUCAGUGUCUGAUAGGUCUUCUAUUAGGGUGGAGGAAAUCAUUCCUGCUGCACGAGUUGCAAUACAAACAAUGGAAGUAAAUGAUUUUACUUCCACUGUGGCUUGUUUCAUGAGACUGUCGUGGGCUGCUGCUGCAGGACGACUUGACCUUGUUGGGAGUAGCCAACCAAUAAAAGAAAGUAAUUCUCUGUUUCCUGCUGGAAUUCGAAACAGGCUCAGCAGUUCAGGAAGCAAUUGCAGCUCUGGAAGUGAAGGAGAGCCAGUUGCCCUGCACGCAGGCAUCUGUGUGCGCCAGCAGUCCGUGUCCACCAAAGACUCCCUGAUCGCUGGCGAGGCUCUGUCUCUCCUGGUUACCUGCCUACAGCUUCGGAGCCAACAGCUGGCAUCUUUCUAUAACUUGCCCUGUGUUGCUGAUUUUAUCAUCGAUAUUCUGCUUGGAUCGCCAAGUGCUGAGAUUCGCCGUGUUGCCUGUGAUCAACUGUAUACUCUUAGUCAAACAGAUACUUCAACUCAUCCAGAUGUACAGAAGCCAAAUCAGUUUCUUCUAGGUGUGAUUCUCACAGCUCAGCUGCCUCUCUGGUCUCCAACUAGUAUUAUGAGAGGAGUCAAUCAGAGACUGUUGUCUCAGUGUAUGGAAUAUUUUGACCUGAGGUGCCAAUUAUUAGAUGAUCUGACAACUUCAGAAAUGGAGCAGUUAAGAAUCAGCCCAGCUACCAUGCUUGAAGAUGAGAUUACUUGGCUGGAUAACUUUGAACCUAAUCGCACAGCUGAAUGUGAGACCAGUGAAGCAGACAACAUCUUAUUGGCAGGACACUUACGGCUCAUUAAGACCCUUCUUUCACUCUGUGGGGCAGAAAAAGAAAUACUUGGUUCAUCACUCAUUAAACCAUUGUUAGAUGACUUCCUUUUCCGAGCUUCUAGAAUUAUUUUAAAUAGUCAUUCUCCAGCUGGCAGUGCCGCCAUCAGUCAACAGGACUUUCAUCCAAAGUGUAGUACAGUGAAUAGCCGAUUGGCAGCCUAUGAAGUCCUUGUAAUGUUGGCUGAUAGCUCACUUCCAAAUCUUCAAAUUAUUACAAAAGAACUACUUUCCAUGCAUCAUCAGCCGGACCCUGCUCUUACCAAGGAGUUUGAUUACCUCCCCCCAGUGGACAGCAGGUCCAGUGCAGGGUUUGUGGGUCUGAGGAAUGGUGGCGCCACAUGUUACAUGAACGCCGUCUUCCAGCAGCUGUACAUGCAGCCUGGUCUCCCUGAGGCGUUACUUUCAGUGGAUGACGACACUGACAAUCCAGAUGAUAGUGUAUUCUACCAAGUGCAGUCUCUGUUUGGGCAUUUGAUGGAAAGCAAGCUGCAGUAUUAUGUACCUGAGAACUUUUGGAAGAUUUUCAAAAUGUGGAACAAAGAACUUUAUGUGAGAGAACAACAGGAUGCAUAUGAGUUCUUCACUAGCCUCAUUGAUCAGAUGGAUGAAUAUCUCAAGAAAAUGGGAAGAGACCAAAUUUUUAAGAAUACUUUUCAAGGCAUCUAUUCUGAUCAGAAAAUCUGUAAAGACUGUCCUCACAGAUAUGAGCGAGAGGAAGCUUUCAUGGCUCUCAAUCUAGGAGUUACUUCCUGUCAGAGUUUGGAAAUUUCUUUGGACCAGUUUGUUAGAGGAGAAGUUCUAGAGGGAAGUAAUGCCUAUUACUGUGAAAAGUGUAAAGAAAAGAGAAUAACAGUCAAAAGGACCUGUAUUAAGUCUUUACCUAGUGUCUUGGUCAUUCACCUAAUGAGAUUCGGAUUUGACUGGGAAAGUGGACGCUCCAUUAAAUAUGAUGAACAGAUAAAGUUUCCCUGGAUGUUAAACAUGGAGCCGUACACAGUUUCAGGAAUGGCUCGCCAAGAUUCAUCUUCUGAAGUUGGUGAAAAUGGGCGAAAUAUGGAUCAGGGAGGUGGAGGGUCUCCACGAAAGAAAGUUGCCCUCACAGAAAACUAUGAACUUGUCGGUGUCAUCGUACACAGUGGGCAGGCACAUGCGGGCCACUACUAUUCCUUCAUUAAGGAUAGGCGGGGAUGUGGAAAAGGAAAGUGGUAUAAAUUUAAUGACACCGUUAUAGAAGAAUUUGACCUAAAUGAUGAGACCCUGGAAUAUGAAUGCUUUGGAGGAGAAUAUAGACCAAAAGUUUAUGAUCAAACAAAUCCAUAUACUGAUGUUCGCCGAAGAUACUGGAAUGCCUAUAUGCUCUUCUACCAACGGGUAUCUGAUCAGAACUCCCCAGUCUUACCAAAGAAAAGUCGAGUCAGCGUUGUGCGGCAGGAAGCUGAGGAUCUCUCUCUAUCAGCACCUUCUUCACCAGAAAUUUCACCUCAGUCAUCCCCUAGGCCCCAUAGGCCUAACAAUGACCGGCUCUCUAUUCUAACCAAACUGGUUAAAAAAGGAGAGAAGAAAGGACUGUUUGUGGAGAAAAUGCCUGUUCGAAUAUAUCAGAUGGUGAGAGAUGAAAACCUCAAGUUUAUGAAGAAUAGAGAUGUGUACAGUAGUGAUUAUUUCAGUUUUGUGUUGUCUUUAGCAUCAUUGAAUGCUACUAAAUUAAAGCAUCCAUGCUAUCCUUGCAUGGCAAAGGUAAGCCUACAGCUUGCCAUUCAAUUCCUUUUUCAAACUUAUCUACGGACAAAGAAAAAACUCAGGGUUGACACUGAAGAAUGGAUUGCCACUAUUGAAGCAUUACUUUCAAAAAGUUUUGAUGCUUGUCAGUGGCUAGUUGAAUAUUUUAUUGGUUCUGAAGGACGAGAAUUGAUAAAGAUAUUCUUGCUGGAGUGCAAUGUGAGAGAAGUGCGAGUCGCUGUGGCCACCAUUCUGGAGAAAACCCUGGACAGUGCCUUGUUUUAUCAGGACAAGUUAAAAAGCCUUCACCAGUUACUGGAGGUACUACUUGCUCUGUUGGAUAAAGAUGUCCCAGAAAAUUGUAAAAACUGUGCUCAGUACUUUUUCCUGUUCAACACUUUUGUACAAAAGCAAGGUAUUAGGGCUGGAGACCUCCUCCUGCGGCAUUCAGCUCUGCGACACAUGAUCAGCUUUCUCCUGGGGGCCAGUCGCCAGAACAAUCAGAUACGGCGAUGGAGUUCCGCACAAGCACGAGAAUUUGGGAAUCUUCACAACACAGUGGCAUUACUUGUUUUGUAUUCAGAUGUCUCUUCCCAGAGGAAUGUUGCUCCUGGGGUAUUUAAACAACGGCCACCUAUCAGCAUUGCUCCUUCAAGCCCUCUGCUGCCCCUCCACGAGGAAGUAGAAGCCUUGUUGUUCUUGUCUGAAGGAAAACCUUACCUGUUAGAGGUGAUGUUUGCUCUGCGUGAGCUGACGGGUUCGCUCCUGGCGCUCAUGGAGAUGGUGGUGUACUGCUGCUUCUGCAACGAGCACUUCUCCUUCACUAUGCUGCACUUCAUUAAGAACCAACUAGAAACAGCUCCACCCCACGAGUUAAAGAAUACCUUCCAACUACUGCAUGAGAUAUUGGUCAUUGAAGAUCCCAUACAAGUAGAGCGAGUCAAAUUUGUGUUUGAGACAGAAAAUGGACUACUAGCUCUGAUGCACCACAGUAAUCAUGUGGAUAGCAGUCGCUGCUACCAGUGUGUCAAAUUUCUGGUAACUCUUGCUCAAAAGUGUCCUGCUGCUAAAGAGUACUUCAAGGAGAACUCCCACCACUGGAGCUGGGCUGUGCAGUGGCUGCAGAAGAAGAUGUCAGAACAUUAUUGGACACCGCAAAGCAAUGUCUCUAAUGAAACAUCAACUGGAAAGACUUUUCAGCGGACGAUUUCAGCUCAGGACACACUAGCGUAUGCCACCGCUUUGCUGAAUGAGAAAGAACAGUCAGGGAGCAGCAACGGGUCGGAGAGCAGCCCCGCGAAUGAGAACGGAGACAGGCACCUACAACAGGGUUCAGAAUCGCCUAUGAUGAUUGGCGAGUUAAGAAGUGACCUUGACGACGUGGAUCCCUAGAGGAGCGUGUCCAGCACACGAUGGGGAGUCACAUCGCAGUUACUGGAUGCUUAGCACCUGUUUGAAACCAGAAUCGCACCUUGAACCCUUUAGAAGAACCUGGAAGUGGGCAGGAAGAGCCUGCCACGGCCUGAGGAGCGUGUGUGAGGAAAGCGCUGUGGCCAGGAGUGGGGCUCUUUUGAGGGGGAGAGCGCCGGCCUGUGGAUCAGCUGCCCCGAGGCAGAUCCGCAUGUGGGUUAACAUUUCUGUGGCGAUUUUACAAAAUAAACUGUGACAGACUUUUGUUACAUGAACAUACAACAGUGAGUGAGGGUAAAGCUGUGGCUUUCUCUACGAUACUAUAGAAGAAAUUCUUUUCGUUUUUAUUUUUAUUUUUUUAAAGAAAUCUGCCUUUAGCUGUGUGGGGCAAAUUUUUAAUCUUGUAGUAACAUUGAUUAGGGAUAUCAAAUUUAAGGUUAUGUAAAGAUAUGUGAUAAAAUUCCUUUCAUUGUAAAAUAGUAAAGAAUUCAGUUUACACAGACCUUUGUAUUUAAUAUGUCUCCCUAUUUGUACAGAAUUGCAGCUGGGUUUGGAUGAGAGCCCUGGGCUUAAACUUGGAUCUUGAUGAAAUGUUACCAGGAUUGAAAAUUGGGAGGUUAUUAAGCUAUUCAAGGCCUUUUUCCUGAUAUAACUGAAGUGCUGUUCCCCAGGGCACAUUCUUGACAUCAGUCACUAAAGAAAUCGUAAGUUAUUCCCAAAAUAAAAUUUAAAAACAGCAAAAUAAGAAGCACUUUAAGGUAUAAUUUUAUUGAGUUUAACUUCAUGAAAUCAUCUUUUUAAUGCUUGGAGACAUAUUGAAUAAACUAGUCUUAAAUCAUG